AUGAGCCCAGCGAGCAGCCUCGCCGGCGACAGUGUUACCGGCGGCGCGGGAGGGGGAAAAGCAGGAGGAGGGAGGAGGAAGAGGAGAUCGGGAUUGUGGCUUUUCAGGAGGCUGAAGUUCAACAAGGAGUCGCUUAGGUGGAGGUGGAAGUUCCUGACCUCUGUUUUCAAGUGGAAGCGCGUCAAUUUGCAGAUUUCGCUCGUCGACGAUGUCCUCUUCAAGAUCGUCUCCGUUCUUGAGGCGAUUGUGUUGGUAGCCACCCUGUCUUUCUUCUACCUCUGUUGCGGCUGCCACUUUUGA